AUGUGUUUGUUUUUUUCUUCCUCUAGGAAAAAACUAAAAAGCACUUCCAAAUAUAUUUAUCAGACUCUGUUUUUGAAUGGUGAAAACAGCGAUGUUAAGAUCUGUGCUCUGGGAGAAGAAUGGAACUUGCACAAGAUAUACUUAUGCCAGUCUGGCUACUUUUCAAGUAUGUUCAGUGGUUCGUGGAAAGAAUCAGGAAUGGAUACAAUAGAACUGGAAAUACCUGAUCAGAAUAUCGAUAUAGAAGCUUUACAGGUAGCAUUUGGCUCACUUUAUCGAGAUGAAGUUUUAAUAAAUCCGAGCCGAGUCAUUGCUCUUCUAGCCGCAGCCAGCAUGCUGCAGUUGGACGGCUUAAUACAGCAGUGUGGUGAGACAAUGAAGGAAACAAUUAAUGCAAAAACCGUUUGUGGUUAUUAUAAUUCUGCAGGAACAUACGGGUUAGAUUCCUUGAAAAAAAAGUGUCUCGAAUGGCUCCUGAACAACCUGAUGACACACCAGAGCGUCGAACUCUUCAAAGAACUCAGCAUAAACCUCAUGAAACAGCUGAUUGGUUCUUCUAACCUCUUUGUCAUGCAAGUAGAAAUGGACGUCUAUACUGCUCUCAAGAAGUGGAUGUUCCUUCAGCUGGUGCCUUCUUGGAACGGAUCAUUAAAACAACUCUUAAAUGAAGCAGAUGCCUGGUUUUCCAAGCGCAGAAAAGAUUUUGGGGAUGGCAUCUCAUUCUUGGAAUCGGAACAAGGACAUCCAUUUUUGACAGUAUUCAGACAUCUCAGGCUGCAGUACAUAGUGAGUGAUCUGGCGUCCGCAAGGAUUGUGGAGCGAGAUAGUCUGAUGCCUGCAGAAUGGCUGUCCUCUGUUUACAAACAGCAGUGGUUUGCCAUGCUUAGAGCAGAACAGGACAACGAUAUUGGGCCUCAAGAAAUUAAUAAGGAGGAACUUGAAAGAAACAGCAUGCGGUGUGGCAGAAAACUUGCCAAGGAUGGUGAUUAUUGCUGGCGAUGGACGGGCUUCAACUUUGGCUUUGACUUGCUGGUCACGUACACCAAUCGUUAUAUCGUCUUCAAGCGCAACACUCUGAAUCAGCCGUGCAGUGGCUCUGUCAGCCUGCAGCCCCGGAGGAACAUUGCUUUCAGAUUGCGCUUGGCUUCUUUUGAUAGCAGUGGAAAGCUUAUUGGUAGUAGAACUGCAGGCUAUCAGAUCCUAACCCUUGAAAAGGACCAGGAACAGGUAGUGAUGAAUUUGGACAGCCGACUGCUGACUUUCCCUCUUUACAUCUGCUGCAACUUCCUGUAUAAUUCCCCAGAGAAGAAGAGAGAACAUGAUGGGCAGCCAGAAAUCUUAGAAAGCUGAGAAUUACCUUUGGAACUUUUCCCCCAUGACUGCUUUAACUCAAGUGCUCUUGCUACACAGAGAAAAAAGUAAUAAAAUGGCCUUAUAAACAGUAGCAAAUAAAAUGCAGUUUCCACCCCUUAUCCUUGUACAUUCCGAUGCAUAUCAGAAAGGGAUCCAAACUAGCAUGGCCAAUGUUUGCUGUUCUACAGAUCUUCAAAGAGCUACAGGGGAUGGAGAACUGGAGAAGUGUUGUAUGUUUUCUCCCAGUGACAGAGAGAAUUUAAAUAUAGCUAAUCAAACCGGGCAUAUUGAUUUAUUGUGAACAGCACAUGCAUAAAAUACUUUAGCGUUAAUCUAAACAUUGCAUGUCCUUCGAACUGAAGGGUCUCACACUUUUGUUCUUCUGACUGAACUCUAAAUUUUUAAGGGUCAGUUUACUGUCUUGACAAAAUCCCACUGUCUUAGUGGUUUUGCACCCAGGGUUCAGCUUAUACCUUUCUUGUUUCAAAAAAAUAAAAAAAACUUGUUCCGUAUUUAGGGCUUGUGAAGGUUUCCUACUAAACUAAUGCUUUCAUUUAGCAUAUCCUGUUUUGUUUUUAAGAUACAUAUUUUUAAACAAUGUAUUUUUUUACAUUCAUUUAUAGAGGCUCCAAUCCCCUUUCUGAGCAAUUAGCCACCUUUAUAUUUGACCAUGGUUUUCUGUGUGCCGUAAGAUAUGGGCACCUUCUCCAACUCUGAAAGUGGAUCGCUUCCUUUAGUUGGCCCACCAAAUCCAGGUGCCAACAGGGCUCUCAGAACCAACUGUAUUCUGUCCCCGGCAGCGUCGCUGAGCCCUGUCCUACAGAGACCUCUGUGUGAAAUUCUGAAUCCUAUGCAGCUUUUAGAAGCAGAAGGUGUCUUCUUUGGACCUGAAGUGAAGUGUGCAGUUCGCUGUGUGUGUCUGUUUUGGAAUGAAAGUUGUAUGCCAUGGCUGAAAUGCUUGAGAAGGCCUUCGGGAAGAUUUUGUUUUUUGAGAAUUCCCUAUGGCAUGUCUUGUGUUGCUUGUAUGUCCUCCGCAUAUCAUCUUGCCCAUGGAUUUUGGUUUGUGUUCUGUUACAGCCAAAUAUAAAAGGUUUUAAAAGCAUUUUUAGUUCUGUACAGAUACCAGAAAUCUAUAUGUCCUGAUUGUUGUGCUCGGAAAUUUACAAUCUUUUGAGUGCCUUUGAGUUAUAUGUAUACAGUAUUCACAUUUUUUAAUGUCACUUGAGCUAGGUUGCAGAUUCCUAAAACUGUACUCAAAGCAUUCAUAUAUUGAACUAGCAUUAGGAAAGAAAAAAAAGUGGUCCUUUAAAACUGAGAUGUAAAUUUUGAAUUCAUUUGUACAUAUCUUUGCAAGGGGUGCUGUUGAAUUUCUACCUUUACAUUUUUGUUGGUAGGAAAUUUUGUACUGUUCAAUUAUAUACCCUUUGUAUUCUGUGGAGAUAAAAUAGCAUAUUUAAAGAACAGGACCAGUGGCAGCUUGUGAAUAAAUCCUCUGUUGUUUAAAACUCU